UUGGAUUUUCUGUUAGAAUUGCCGUAGAAAAUACGUGCCGAAUAAAUGCAUUUUUAGACGGUUAAUCACUUUUAACAUCAAAGUGUACUCAAUGAAGAAAAAACCUCCAGGAUGCCUAAGGAUCGUUAUGAACAAAACAACCACAACAACCAUCGGCGGCAGUACCGCAUCAUGUCCCCCGACGACAUCGUCUCCGGCAAAAAGCCCCACUGGGAGCAGUUGGAGAUCGUAGGGACAAUCCGCAAUCUCAGCCCCCAGCUAUGGAGUCUUCAAUUCCUGACGGCGCUCUACCUGAACGACAACAACCUGACCAGGGUACCGCCGGAGAUCUGCAAGCUGACCUCCCUGAUGCACUUGGAUUUAUCGGCUAAUAAACUACGCAGCCUUCCCGUGGAACUUGGGGAUCUGGUGACGCUCAGGGAACUGUUGUUGAACAACAACUAUUUGCGUAAUCUCCCGUUUGAGCUUGGUCGAUUAUUCCAACUGCAAGUGCUUGGGUUGAAGGGUAAUCCGCUAAACACAGACAUGCUGGGUCUGUAUAAUGAACACAAUGGUGUACCUAGGCUACUCUCGUACAUGCUGGACAACAUCAGUCCUCCAUCAACGUUGCCACCAACGAGACCAUGGAUACACAUAAAGGACCCCGACAGGUCAAGGUUAGCUGCAAUAUUUUCAGUAAUGAGCUACAACGUUCUCUGCGAGAAAUAUGCCACCAAACAGCUUUACGGCUACUGUCCGACGUGGGCGCUCGCUUGGGAGUACCGGAGGAAAGGGAUCAUGGACGAGAUACUGCACGCAAACGCAGACAUCAUCUGCUUGCAGGAGGUGGAGACAGACCAGUUCUUCACAUUCUUCUACCCAACUUUAAAACAGCACGGGUACGAGGGGGUGUUCAGCCCCAAGUCGAGGGCCAAGACGAUGUCGGAACAUGAGAGGAAGUACGUGGACGGCUGUGCCAUCUUCUUCAGAGUGAAUAAGUUUGCUUUGGUGAAGGAACACCUUGUGGAGUUCAACCAACUUGCCCUUGCCAACGCUGACGGCAAUGAAGACAUGCUCAACAGAGUCAUGCCCAAGGACAACAUUGGGCUGGCGGUGUUACUGGAGACGAGACCAGGAUGCUACGAGGGCACAGUACCUGUACCAGACAACACUCGGCAGCUGAUGCUAGUGGCCAAUGUUCACAUCCACUGGGAUCCAGAGUACAGUGACGUCAAGCUGAUCCAGACCAUCAUGUUCAUGAACGAGCUGAAGAAGAUCGUCGACGAGGAGUCCAUCAGUUUUAGACCCGGUGGUGGCAGCGGAGUCUCGCGCACCCCAGAGAACACGCCCAUUCCUCUCGUACUGUGUGGAGAUCUGAAUUCAUUACCAGACUCAGGCGUGAUCGAGUACCUGGAGCAUGGCAAGGUCUCCGUCCACCACGAGGACUUCAAGGACAUCCACUACAAGGUCCUGCGCAACUUCUCCAGCAAUACGGAGCAGAACGGACAUAUUACUCACUCCUUCUCGCUGCAGGGGGCUUACCACAACCAGGCGGUACAGUACACCAACUACACCUAUGACUUCAAGGGGGUGAUCGAUUACAUCUUCACUUCGAGGAAUUUCAUGUCGACGCUGGGAGUGUUGGGUCCCGUGGAGCAAGAUUGGUUAGAUCAGUCGAAAAUUGUCGGUUGCCCGCACACCAGCGUCCCUUCUGAUCACUUCUCCUUACUGACUGAGUUUGAGAUGCCUUACACUACCCCAGGUACCACCAACAGCACCAACGCCAACACCAACAGCAGCAGCGGGGGAGGCGGAGGGGGAGGAAACUACUUGAUCAGACGGUAGUAGUGAGUUUUUCUCUCUCCAACCAAGGGCACUGUGAAUAAUACUUUUUUUGUCGUCGGGCCAUUUUCAGAAGGCUGGACAAACCCCGCCCUCCCCCCAAACUUUUUAGGUGUAUUAUCCAAUUUGUACUUGUACAGGCUGUAAAAAUAAGAAUAUUUUAAGAAAUGUGGCUGGGGGGGGUCGAUUAAAAAAACAACAACUGAUGUUUGUAAUAGUUAACUUUAUUUAAAAUCGUCAUGUCUUCUCUUCCUGAGUGUUAAGUAGUUCAUUCAGUGGUCUUUUUAGAAACAUGCAUUUGUUAAGUCCUUGUGUCGGUUUUGAAAAGCAAUGUUUUUUUGGAGUGGUGGUGAUUUGAGACUUUUGGCAGAGUUAUGGGAUUCAAAAUAUUUCAGAAAUUCUGAAUCUGGGAAAUAUUCACCAAAAUAACUUGUACUGUGGACUCACAGGCAUUCAUGCUUUGGUCGUGGAAGAUUGUCAUCAAAUAGCACGUAGUUUCUAGUUUUUUUUUACAUAUGUUUGUUUUGAUUUUCGGAAUUUUCGUGGUCUCUGAAUUUAAAGAUAAGCGGCGGGAAACUAACGAUAUUAUGUGUGCUCUGUGUGAUGUGUUUUACAACCUGUUUAUCGUUUUAGGUACGUGUUUAGUGGAUCAGUACUUUGUGUGGGUUUUUGGUCUGGUUGGAAUGAUCGAGUCUCAAAUUUUGCAUUCUUUUCGUUUUCAACGAACUUUUCAUUGUUUAGUUGAUUGUGCCUUGCUACACAAGUGGUCGUUAUUUUGCUUACAUGGUUUCAUUCUUUGUAGAAACAGUUUUUUUUUAAGUUGUCAAUAUAUUUUUUAUGCAAAUUCGUGAUUUACACCAUUCUGGCAAGUAGUUUUUUUCCAUCCUCUUGUUUGUUGGCGUAAUUAUCUUGUACAAAUAAUUGUGUUUACUUAGUUGAUGGAAACACCACAGCUGUUUGAAUCCUGCAAAUGUUUUUGAGUUGGACAAAUCUGAUUUACUGGAGCUGGAUAAAAAAACUGUUAGCCAAAGCUACUUUUUGUUGUUAAGCAGCUCUAUGAAACUGAGCCCAGAUGUUGUAAAACCAAUUUUGAAUUAAACAUCAUCUUGUUCAAAGGUCAACGUCAAAUGUCAUAGACAAAGGUCAUAGUCAAAGGUCAUAGUCAAAGGUCAUAGUCAAAGGUCAUAGCCUUGUGAAGGUUAGUGAACAAAUAGUGAGGCAGAAAAUCUAAUUUUUGCAUUUUCAAGAUUCUUUUUUAAAGAAACUUUGCAGCAACCACAAAAGUGAAAAGCUUUUAUGAUUUUUCUUUUUUUUAUAAUACAACUAACGAGUGGGAUGUUUCUGUUAUAAUUGUUGGUCUUAUGCUACCACUGUUGAAUAAUUAUUAGAAUGGAUAUAAUAUUGUACAUGUAUGAUGGUCGAAUUGUGUACAGAAAUUGGUUUAUUAUGUACCAAGGAAAUUCAAAAUAAUGACACAAGCUUUUUGUAACACAUUAUACAAAAUGUAAAAUAUGUUUUCCAACCGUUUCAGACAAAAAUUAAUUAGAAGGGAAAAACUAACAAAAAAAGGGGGAUUUGUAAGCGAUUGCCUUUUUGUGAGCUUGGGUUUCUUUUAUUUCUCUCUCCCCAAAGAAAAUCUUUUGGGGGACCCUUUUUUGUUUUGAGAUUUGUGAAGUCACCAUUAAGGGAUCAACAUUUUGCAGGGUUUUGACUUGCUCUUAUAUUUCUUCUCGAAAUAGCAAUGGCAAAAAUGUCCUCUCACUUUUAAAAAGUGCUUCUUGAUUAAAUUAUGAAUGUUGAUAGGAGCACCAAUUUUGGCACUCAAUGUGGUUUUCUAUGUAAUAGAUUUUUUGGGCAACAGCCACAAUUAACUGAAUGUGUAAUAAUUUGAAUAAUUGUCCAGUGACGUUAAAUCAUUCAUUUUCCUGUUUUUUUUUCUUUGUUUUUUUUUACCUGUAGUUUAAACUGUGUAUAGAAUGUAUGUUUUCCCUCCCCUUCUUUGGCUGACUGAUGCUUUCUAUCUGUCAUAAAUUUGGGGAUAACUUUGUAGUUGGCUUGAAUUUUAAAAUUUUGUUUGGCAACUGUCAAGUGUGCAAGUUCAUCUUCACUUUGGAAGGGGCACUUCCAUUGGACAAAAGUUUGACAUUGGAAAGUCUAUGGGAAUUUUUUUGAAGGGGCACCAAGGCCAAGAUCGAGGCAAUAGAGGCCAUGACCUCUGUGGCCACCAUGUCAUUCCAGGUCAGUGACCUAUUGUUCUCAGAAUGAGCAGUGAUUGUUUUAUAUUAAAGCAAUUCCAAAUGCCCCUUCAUUUUUUAUCAUAAUGACGGUAUUAAUAAGCAAAAGCAAAACCUUUUUUUUUUUCCCCAGUAUUUUGUCUUGAAUGUUCGUUCAUGGGACCAAAAUUUGUAACAUGGUGUGACAAAAUCACUGGAAAGUGGCUGACUCUAAUCAGCAAUGGUAUCAAGAUCAUGGCCCCUGACACACAGUCUAAUUUAUAGGGGUUAAAACUAGGUAAUAAGAACAGGAACACUUGUAAGAGGGUUGGGGUUGUGCAAAAGUGUUCCAUUCUGUGAACGCAAUCGUUUUGUUUGAUGGUCAUUGAUGCUUAGCCAUGUUUUGUCACACAGUUAUGUGUUAUACUACUUACUAAAAUCGAAAUGUCGUUGUUGUUAUUUUGACCUGUGUUUAUAUAGUUUGACCUUUUGUUGACCCUGUGUUGACCUUGUGUCUGACCUACAGUGAUCUGAGAAACAUGUUCAAAUCAGACUUUCAGAGUUGGUCAAGUUUACAGGAUUUAUUUGAAGGGGAAUUGGAGAGAAAGUAACAGCUGGGUGCAAUACAUUUAAAAUGCAAACUUUUUCUGUUUCGCAAAAAGCCAGAAGUGAACUCGGUAUUUUAUUCAAAUUAUUGAAGGAAAUAUUGGUCAGAAAAAAAAUAUGUUGGACGAAACAAAACAGUUAGAAAUUCAAAUUGACGCACCUCAAAAUACCAAGAUAAAAUGAAACGGCCAAUUUUGUGUGAAUAUUAAAUUGAAUCUAAAUUUAAAAUAAAUUAAAAACUUUAUUCAAAUGCAAUUUCAAAACUCAAUGAAGUGAACCAUAAAGUGUGUUUUUGUGAAUAUUUUUUUCCCCCCAAAACUGGUUAGGUUAAGUUCAACGCUAAAAUACAAACAUUGAAAAUGAAUCAUGGCUUAUUCAGUUUUGUCUUGCCGAUGUGUACGGGCAUCUUUUUAAAGCAAACCUUUUUUAUUUAUAAACUAGUGUCCUUUUGAUUUAGUUUUGUAGGUGUGUGUAGCUUGUUAUAAAUCCCCCCUCAAGGGAUGAGUGGAUAGUUCUUAUUACAGUAUUAUAAUGUAAAAUUAGGGUUGUUCCAUUUGAUUAUAGGUGGGAUCAGUAAUUACUAAACUCUUUUUGUACAAACUAGCUUGUGUAAUCCCACCUUCCUUUUUGUAGCAUCAAAUGGAACACUCCCAAUUUUUCAUUGUAGCAAAUUUAGGAAUUUUUUAAAAAUAUCUUUGUCACAAUUGUGAAGCAAAAUAUAAUUAAUAUUUUAAUACGUUUUGCACUUGAUUUGCUAAAAAUUACAUUUUUUGUUUCCUUUUUUUGUACAAAAAACUGCUUUGUUUAUCUGUCGGGGAAAAAUGAACUUUAAAGUGAUAUUAAGUAAUUGUGGAAAUUUUAUGAAACACUGCCAACGCCUUUUGAAUUUCAGAACAAAUACCCAUGCUGUUCUGGUAAUUCAGACCUCAGAUUCUGUCAAAUGCUUUAGAAGAAUCCUUUCACUUGUAAAUAUGUGUCAUAUCUUCACAAAGUUUUAUGUUAAAACUGACAGAGAGAGGCAGGUAUUUUAGUGCCCCUCCUCCCACUUCCCCCUCCCAGAUCGUUCUUUGUUCCUCUCCAGUAGUUAAGUUUCAAACAAUACUACUCCCAAGUUUCAUUUGUUUGUUUUUUUCCUAGGUGAACAGUGCCUAGAAUUCUAGUGCCUAGAAUUGCACAAAUGAUUUGAACGGUCAGGAAAAUGUUAACACUUUUUUUUAUAAUUGUCUUAGUUUUGGUACGUUCACCUCCAUCUCCUUAACAACACUGAGCAAUGCAAAGAUAACCAACUACUGGGAAUUCAUUUAAAUUAGUUUAAAGUAUUAAGGAGGUUUUAACAGAGUUGAGGAGUGUGUCUCAUUUUUCAUUGGGGGGUAAACAAAUAUUUUUCUUGUCAUUAUAUAGAAGAAUAUUUUUCUUGUGAAUAUAUAAUAGAUGCUCAUGUAGUAGUCCCAAGCUACUGAAUGAAAACUAAUACUUAUCACACUUUUGACUUGUGCAAUGUUGGGAAAUGACCAAAUGUGUACUGACCAUAGGCAACUUUAUGUCAGCUUAUUUUCCUCUCUUGAUUUCAUGUGUCACUUACAUUCCCAGUAUGGAAUUUGUCCCCUUAAACUUGUAAAUACGUUCUUAAAAAAACAACAUUUUUUUUGGUUAAAUGUCAGAGAAAGAUACUUUAGGUCGCCAGAAGUCAAAGUAAAGUAUUUGAGACUGAUAAAUAUUAGUCAAAAUAUCUGCCCCUCUCUCUUGAUGUUUUGCCUUGUCAACCCCUUGCGGCAAAAUGGUAUGGGCCGAGGCUGUGCCUGCCUUUGUCAUUUCGCCCCAGGCUGUUGACGAGACGGAUAAUGGAUUUCUCUUAUAAGAUGACAGAAUUUGAAAGGAAAAACAAAAACUAAAACAAGCUGACCUGUUUAUCGGUUGGCUGUACAUAAAGAUAAAAAGAUGAUUUUGAUAAAAAAUAUCGAUGUCAACUUGCGGAGGAUUACUCUGCCUUUAAAUCAAAGAGGAAUAUGGUGCAAUUUUUUUAAAUGUAAAGAAAACUGUAAAUUCAUGGGUAAAGAAAAGACACAUUUCAUGUCAAAUCCGACGUGCAAAAGUCAAGAUUUCUUUUUGAUAGGGAAUGUAUUUCCUUUAAAAAAACAAUUUUGCCUGAAUGAUCUGUGGUGACAUUUUUCUAACAUCUAAUUUGUUGCCGGGUGUCUACUUAAGAUGAAUUUUAAUUUAUUUGUUUAUUUAUUAUUAUUUUUUUUUUUUUUAAAUAAGGUAACAGGUGUUUGGAUUGUUAACACCUUCAUAAAACAGCAUGGGUUAAACUUUCUUUGUUUUGUUUUGAUGUCAGAAGGCGAUGGUAUCUUUUUGUUUUAAAACUUGGGGCUAAAUCUCAGGAGUGGACACAAUAAAUGUUACAAAAAGAAAAUAAA